AACAAUAAAAAGGGUAAGAGAGGGGGGCGGGCAUACACCUCUUCGCUGUUCUUCUCCCGUUUCACCAGGAGUCUUGCGCUGGAUUCGGCCGACUGAGCACGGCCUUGCCGCCGCCGCCGCCCUACUCCAAGCUGCGCAGGUCUUCGUCGGACCCUUUGCCGGCAACGAGCAUCCACCAGUCACACACCAGGCCUUUAAGAGAGAUUUCUUGCUGUAUUGACCUUAUUACCUACAACUCACUUCACCUUGGUCAUUUGUUGAUUGGAUUACUUACUCAUUAGUCAGGUUUUGUUGCAAUGGGGUUAUUCAAGGGCAGCUUCACACUUUUGGUGGGAAUGGGAUGUGGUAUCUAUGUAGCUCAGAACUACAACGUUCCGAACGUCAAGAAGUUAUUCAACACAUAUGUUUUUCUGGCUAAGCACAUUGAGGAAACCUACCGAAAGCCGAAGAAAGACGAUGAUUGAUUCUUUGGGAAAGCAAGUACAGCUAACAUUAUACGGAAAGGUGCUUUUUUGAAAUGGUGAAGGCAAUUUUGGUUAUGAACAAGUAUUGAACUCUGGUGGGUAAUGUUGGUUAGUUGUGGAAUUCAGUUGCUGUAAUAGUUUUUGGUCGUGUUAGACCAUGAGCUUCUAUAGCAUCCCUUCUGCUCGUGUUCCUCUGCCUGGGAAAUGCACUGAACUUUGUAAUUGAAGUGCGGUGAUGGAUAAUGUAGCAUCAUAUCAGUGUGUUUGUCAACAUAGGAUGGGAUGAUAUGUUUAGUUGACUCUAGAUUUGUCUUGGUUUGUUUACAUUGUGGUGUUCCUGGAUUUACCACGAUCGAUGAUGACAAUUUAUAUUUUCAACCGGGGUAGGGAUGUGCCUUUUCCCACCCAUCAUCUAGGGUUGACAAACCAUGCCGAAAUACAGUCGAGUUGGCACGCA